UUGAAUUGUGCCGAAUAAACUUCGUAUUUCCCCAGAUCAAAAACACUUCCUAACGCUUCCUAACAAUGGGAGGCUUGCAGAAGAAAAAGUUUGAGAGUGGAGCAGUCACCAACUACAUCACCAGAAAUAAAGCACGGAAGAAGCUAAGUUUGAGUCUACCGGAUUUCAGGCGACUAUGCAUUUUGAAGGGAAUUUACCCCCAUGAGCCCAAACACAAGAAGAAAGUCAACAAAGGCUCCACAGCACCCAGAACCUUCUACCUCCUCAAAGACAUCCGUUUUCUUAUGCACGAGCCAAUCGUAGGCAAGUUCAGAGCGUACAAGAUAUUUGUGCGUAAACUGAGGAAAGCCUAUGCCAAAGCUCAGUGGUCAGACGUCGAGAGGAUACGGGAAAACAAACCCGGCUAUAAGUUGGACCACAUCAUUAAGGAGAGGUAUCCGAGCUUUAUCGACGCCCUUCGUGACCUGGACGACGCCCUUUCGAUGUGUUUCCUUUUCUCCACGUUUGCCCGCACGGGCAAAUGCCACGUGCAAACGAUUCAGCUCUGCAGACGUUUGAGCGUGGAGUGGAUGAACUAUGUGGUUGCUUCUCGUUCCCUCCGCAAGGUUUUCCUCUCCAUAAAAGGGAUCUACUAUCAGGCUGAGGUCCUUGGACAGACGGUCACAUGGCUCGUCCCCUAUCAGUUCGCUCAUGAUCACCCCACAGACGUGGAUUACAGAGUCAUGGCCACCUUCACCGAGUUCUACACCACCUUACUGGGCUUCGUCAACUUUCGCCUGUACCAGUCCCUCAACCUCCUCUACCCCCCAAAGCUGGACAGCAAAGCAGAGACGGAGCUGAAGGCCGCAGGCGAAGAAGACUACGCCAUGGAUUCCGAAAGCUACUUAGAGAAACUGUCGGCGCUGAGCGCUAGCCUUGCCAGAGUUAUCUCCACCGCCGAGGAAGAGGAGGCCGAGCCAGACCACUUUCCGGCCGAAGGGGAAGACCUAGAGAGGAUGGAAGAGAGGGAGAAGGCCCAGAAAGAACAAGAGGCCCAGAAGAGACUAUUCGAAGGUCUGAAGUUCUUUCUGACCAGAGAGGUUCCUCGAGAAUCCCUGGCUUUCUUAAUACGGUGUUUCGGUGGCCAGGUGUCCUGGGAUAAAUCCCUCUGUAUCGGAAGCACGUACGACGUGACUGACGAGACCAUCACCCACCAGAUAGUGGACCGGCCCAGCAUUGAAAAACAGUACAUUAACAGGUACUACAUCCAGCCUCAGUGGGUGUAUGACUGUAUCAACGCUAAGAUCUUGCUGCCAGUGGAGGACUAUUUUUUGGGCGUGACUCUGCCUCCCCACCUGUCGCCCUUCGUGGAGGAGAAAGAGGGAGACUAUGUUCCCCCGGAGAAACUCAAACUCAUGGCCCUGCAGCGUGGGGAGCAGCCCGGUGAGAAUUUCCACCCGAGCCAGGAUGAGGAAGAGGACGAUGACGAAGAGGAAGAAGUUGAUGAUGACGAUGAUGAUGAUGAGGAGGAGGAGGAGGAUGACGAAGAGGCCGAGGAAGAGGAGUUGGCAGACGAGGCCAAUCUGAAGAAGAUGGAACAACAGCGUUCUCAGGGCAAGGCUUUAUCAGUGAAGGUGACCCCAGGAAAAGUGAAGGCGGAAAAUCGCCUCCGCACCGAGGAGGAGGAGAAAGCCGAGGAGAAGAGGCUGGCCAUCAUGAUGAUGAAGAAGAAGGAGAAAUAUCUCUACGACAAAAUCAUGUUCGGCAAGAAGAGGAAAGUCCGAGAGGCAAAUAAACUGGCAGCUAAGAGGAAGGCCCAUGAUGAAGCCGGUAAAGCAGACAAGAAGAAGAAAAAAGCAAAAAAACAGUAGCCUCCCUCAUGUCGACCAUAACCAAGGACUGGUGUUUUAUUCGUACACACAAUUUUUUCUUUUUCUUUUUUCCACUUCCACUUUUUUCUCAGAAAGCAGUUUCGUCUUUUUCCAUUGAACGAAUAACCUGUAUAUUUUUUUUUUUUUUUGUGGAAUGUCAUGGUGUGAAUGUGAAAAUAUGCAUGUCCCUAACACCCUUGACUUGAUUUCUGAGAACUCAAAAGGUUUGUGACACCACAAAGGUGAAUUAACCCUACUUGGAAUAAAUGGGUUAUUUUGAAGAAGACAAAAAAAAAAAAAAAG